GCAGCUGCGUUCCCCCUGCGCUGCGCCAGGAGCCCAUGACUCCGUCCAACGCAAGAAAUCAGGCUGCAGUGAUGAGCUACCUGGAUGAGGUUCCCUUCCGGACUGCCAGGAGCCUCAACGGGGACUCAGGGGCAGAAACUCCUUUAGUCACCGCCCCAACCAUUGAGCUCCCUGACUGCACUGACAUCCUCAUGAGCACCAUGCACGACUUCUCCCUGGAAAGAAAAGUGCUUUACUGGGUGGAGGCGGCCUCUCAACAGCCGACCUCCCGGCAUCGGGUCACCUCGGAAGUGGUGCCCACGGCCCCGCCGUGCUGGCUGCUGCUGGUGGAGCCCAGCGAGAGCUGCGUGGGCAGAGCACGGGACGGGCCCAUGCGGCGCUGCAUCAGCCUGAGCGCGGCCGACGGGCACGGCCAGGGCAGGGGCGGCCUGGCCGACACCGACAGCGAGAGCUGGUUCUCAGGGGAGGAGGAUGGGUACUCAGAGGAUGAUGAGUACUCCUCCACCUCCUGGGAAGAGAACGACAAGGAUGAAAAGGCUUCCAGGAGGAGAAACAGUGGGAGGAGCAUGGCUCCACAUCCUGGCUUCUACCAGACCCGACCAAAGACAUCGCCCGGCUUGCUGCAGCCUUCCCCGGAGAUCAGGAACCACAGCUCAGCCAGCCCCGACCCCAGCAAGCAGAGGAGAUCCAUGGUGAUAUUUAACAACAUGAAGAACGAGCUGGAAGCGGCCAGGAGGAAGCUGGCAGCCUUGGUGCAUCCUUUGAACAGAGCAGCCACGGAGAGCAGAGGGGUCCUGGUGCCACGGCCGGUCCCCCAGCCCCCCCCCACCACCCGCAGCGCCAAGUACGGGCUGAGCCUGGAUGUGUCACAGCCGGGGGCCUCGGUGCCAGCUCCUCCAGCUGCCCCCAUCCCCCCCAUCACACGGCAUAAGCCCACAGUGCCGUCGCUCAGCCCCUACACCUGCCUGCCCCCUGCCGCCGCGCCAGCGCGACCCCUCAGCUCCCACAGAUCCCACCCGGAUUCGGCUGCCGACCUGCUCUCUGCACUCAGCCAGGAGGAGAGAGACCUCAUUGAGCCUGUCAUAGCCUUGGGCUACCCCACACGCAAAGCCAUCCUCACCCUGCAGAGGACAGGGAGGCAAAGCUUGACUCAGUUCUUGAGCUACCUGGGUGCCUGCGACCGGCUGCUGAAGCAGGGCUAUGAGGAAGGACAGGUGGAGGAGGCCAUGGAAAUGUUCCAGUACUCGGAGAAAAAGGCAGCUGAGUUCCUGCGGUUGUUAGCUCAGUUUAACGACAUGGGCUUCCAGCAAAACGAAAUCAAAGAAGUUCUUUUGCUGUGUGGGAAUCAGAGGGAGAAGGCACUGGAAGAGCUCGUGAUGAAAACCCAGUGAGCAGCUUCCCCUCCCCAGAGGGGCCCCCGAGGCCUGGGCUGGAUGGCUGAGCUCUGACCGUCCUGCUGCAGCCCCCAGCAGCACAGCUCACGGGCACACUCCUCUUGUUUCAUGGCCACCACCUGUUUGUCACUGUGCUAAGGCAGAGGCUUCACAGCAGGAGUGUUUCUCUCUUCACCCACGUCUCCACCUUUGUUCCUCUCAGCUGCUGAGAUCAGAUGCAACGAGAUCCAACGCCUUUGGCUUCCAUGCUGCAAACCCCAAAGCACAGUUGGCUCCCUGCACCUGGGGGUGAUGAGUGCUGUGUUUUCAACUACAAUCAAAUGUGGGUUCUUAAAAGAUUCUAUAAACCAACAGAAGAGGUUGUGUAAAAACUGAAGGUUCCUGCAGAAACGUUGGGUGGUCAUUGCUUGGGCAGAGUCUCAGGUGACUCACAUCAGGCAAAUUCAGGGGCUGCUUCCCUAAACUGUGCAGACAGUGGCUCCAAAUGAUGUUAAGCACAAGUGUCAGGAUCAGGACAAUCUGGAUGCCCAGGGGAAUUUUGGGAUGGAACUAGAGGAUGGAGAACAGGGGACCCAGGUCACCGUACAGGCCGUGUCUCUUGGCUUGGACAGAGCAGUGGGACAGGGGACAGCAAUGGGACAGAGCAGUGGGACAGGGGGCUGAGCAGUGGAACGGGGGACAGCAGUAGAACAGAGGACAGCAGUGAGACAGAGGACAGUGCUUUCACACAAAAGUCUGUUAUUUUCCUGUGAAUUAGACGCAGAUGUAAUUUCUUUGAGUAAAGAU